UCACAGGUACCGCCAUUUGUAUUUGGGAGCAGAAAACUGACCUCGGCAUAGUUCUCAUCAUUGCCAUCGUUGUUGGUGUCGCUGUCGGUGUCACCCAGGCAAACAAGUCUUAAGACUCAUGACUUUUCUGAACGUGAUCCUUGUGCUCAUGUUGGCUUCCCCGCGAACUUCGCUCGACUCUUAUCUCCGACCCUAUGCGUUUUCAUACCUCUGUGUUUUAUAUUUCGAUUCCCUCUUCUCGUCUAGUUGCCUUGAGCCUUGUAUACCCAUGCAAGGGCUGGAACGAAUUUUUGCUUCUGUUUCUUUUUAUUCGACCUGUGCGACUUACAACCGGCAGGAUGAUCUCCGUGUUAUCUCUAUGACCACGGUAAGCUCAACCGCCAAUUUCACUCCCUAUUUGCUUUUGAUCUCCUAUGUACUUUUACUCCUGCUAUACCACUUGAUUGCUGUCUGUCGCGUUUUGUCCGUGUUUGAAAAAGCUUGUCUUGCGAGUGUCUCUACCUUUGUGUUUCCUGUUUCCGUGGUCUUUGUAUUCACUGAUGGUCGUGUAUAGUUUCCGCAUCUUCGUCGAAUGCGGCCUGAUGACUGCUGCUCUUGGAUAGGAUGCGCAUGAUACUGUUGCACGUGUAUAUACUAGAGUUCCUUCGCUUUGCUUUGACCUUUGGCGCUAGAUCUAUGUAAUAAUCGACUAUUCCACUAAUCAAUCUAAUGAGCCAUCGCGACACAAGAAAUUGGAAAUCUGUCG